ACGGUGCAGACGGUUCGGGCGGUUGGUCGACAUCGUCGCGGAAAAGAAAAAAAUGUGUGUUGUGAUGGAAAAGCAUAUUUUUAUUGACCAUAAUCUAGUGAAUCUAUUUUGCUAUUAUUGAUGCAUUAUUAGUGGUCUGUGAUCAAAUUAAAUGGAAAUUAGUGCGUGCAAUUAUAAGAAAUUUCAGGCGGGUUGACUUUCUUGACGCUCUUGUGGAGCUCAAGGCAUAGCAGCAGCAGCUCUGGUUGUUAUUGGUUUGUGUCGUUAUCAGUGUCGGGUCAGCAGCUGCUUACGGAGCAGGCAGUGAUUAUUACCAUUCGUUGCGGGACCGUUCUUUGUAUCUCCGUCGUCUUCAGGUUUAGUCGCACGUUUUGUUUGUCAGUUUGUCCUCGCGUUAUCAAUCGUCGUCUUCUAUCGUUCUACAGCGAAACGAGUACCUAGACAGAAGGAACCUUCAAUUUGCAGGCCUGGUACCUCGGAGGCUGUCUGAGCUGCCUGUCGUGACGUAUAGAGAAAAAGUGCCAGAAACUUAUAUAGGUUCGGGUUUGUUUGGUUUGUCGUAGAACAGGUCAUUGAUAUACGUUUUGGCAGGCAAAAUUACGACCCGCUUCCGAUAUGUGUUUGUGAAUAGAUUUUUGUGUAGAGUUCCAACGCAAUCAAGGUCAACCUGGAAAAGAGGAGAUGUGUUAAAAAUAGCCAUACAGACAGUGGGCAGAGUCCAUCCAAGAUCAUUGAAAAUUUUCGAAGAUCGGUGAGAGUGAAAUAGUGAAGCAAACAAAAACAAGAGCAGAAAUGAUCGGCCACGACAGAAGCAGAAAAUAAAAUAUUGAAGAUUGCAUUUUUUGAUUCUUGAGGCAAACGGGACAAACAGAUACUAAUCAGUGCGGGAUCAGCUGUGUUGGCGUGUGCCAGUGUGUUGCAUCAGUGUAGUGUCGUGUUCGAACCCUGGGGAAAACUGCGGAUCACGGAGCUACGGCGGUGGUGGAAUCGGCUACAGCUCGUAGCUAUGGCCAACAGGUCGUCCUUCGGAUACAUCACUUUUAUUUUGACCUGCAUGUGCAAUCGUUGAACUUCGGCCGUAACAUACUUUGCAGUAGAUUGGCUUCCUACCGGUUACCAUCCCAUUCGAGUUUGGUGCGUAUUAUCAUCGACUAACAGCAGCAGUGCAAAACGACUAGCCUGAAGAGCCAAAACAGUGAAGCUGUAUGCGGCUUCAAGUGUGUGCAAAGAGCAAUCAGUUGAGAAAUUCCGGAAAGCGCAAUAACGGGCAGCAAAAUAUCUGGUCCGUUGGAUGAAAGCUAUGCCGCGUGAUAUGGAUGUAUGAUAUUUACGUAGUGUGGACCAGACGAGCGACAUACCCCCAAAUAGCCCGCCUCGCUGUCGGUUACCAGAGCUGUGAAUACUAUCAGCGAAGUCCGGCGUUUUCUCGGUGGACGCAUAUUCAAGUGUGAUUGUGUGCCGUUGUGUUUACAAAAUUCGCGUUCGAAGAAGCCCUUCAACGACGCUGGCAUUUGGUUGAUGUUAUUUAUAAGCAGUUAAGAGAGUGAUUUUUCUUGCGCAAAGUGCAACAAGUUGUGUUAUUGUCACUGGGUCUGGUUGCGCUGUGAAUGCCGGUUGAGGAGCAGACAGCCGCGUGAAUUGUGUUUGAAGUUAUGACCCCGGGUCGCACGACUAGGAUGGAACGGGGCAGCGUAAUUGGCGCCGAGCUCGGUGCCGGCGCCAGCACUAGUAGUGAAGAGCGUAAGAAAACCGGCGAGACUAUCCAUUCCGGUCAGUUUAUGGUUUCACAUUUUGAAACCGAAGGCCAAGAGGAUGAGGAUGACGACGAUUUGGGCAUGCAAGUGGUGGUCGAAGAUGUGAAACCGGCCAUCGUUGAUACGGUUAUUUCGAAUAUUAUCUCGAAGCGCAAUCCGGAACUGUCGAUGCAAACGGCCAGCUUGAUUGCCAGCACCUCUAACGCAAUCGUUCCACUAAGGAGUGGCACGACUGGGAUGGAACUUAUCAAAUAUGCACAAAAACGACAACCGUUGCAGCUGACCGGUCGGUACACCUCGUCGCAGGUCGAGAUUGAUACGGACUUGUCGACGGUGUUCAAUACGCUGAAUGUCACCUACACACAAAAAUUAACGUCUCCAAAAUGGAACCCCUUCAAAGGUAUCCGUCUGCGAUGGAAAGAGAAGAUACGCUUGAACAACGUUAUCUGGAGAUGUUGGCAUAUGCAAUUUAUUAUGAAACGGAAAACUCUAGUCUGUCAAUUUGCAUCUCCAUUAGACGUAGACGUACACAACACGCCUCAGGCAAUUUUACUCGAGGGAAAAUAUUGGAAGCGAAAGUGCAACGUUAUAAAGGCUGAGUACAAAAAAUGGCGCCGGUUCUACGUGAACAAAGCGCUCGGUGCUAACAACAUUGUAGAUACGACUAGUGAGCUAGAUUUCCUAGAAUGGUCACCUCACAGCAGUGAACCCCUGUUUAUGAUUACUGAUAGUAUGCCGACCGACACCCUUUUCUCCACACUGUCGCAGUAUCCGUUCCCAGACUCAAGAGAAAUAGCACGCGGAGCUGGCCGAGCGGAUUUCAUUCAACCAAGUCUUGGGCCACUACAACCAAAUUUCGACGAUUUGAUGGACCUUGAUUUGGACUUUCUCUCCUUUUCACGAUUAGCACCUGUACCUGAGGAAGGCUCUGAGGAUAUACUCAAAGCAAUCGACUAUAACUACCCCGGAGGCGCGAACCAAAUAAACAGCGGUAGCAGCAUCCAGGAGAUAGGAAGCAACAAUCAACAAUCUUCCCCACAGUUGCUGUCCGGCAGAACUAGUAGCAGUAGUAGUAGUAGCAAUUCUGUGAUUACCGGCCCAGGGACUUCCGUUAGCAUCAAUCAGCAGUCGUCGAUUGUGGCACCCAGUACGAUACAGUACUCGGCGAAAAUUUUUGCUCAGCCCAUUCCCAACAACGCGUCAACAGCAUCGUCGGCAACGAACGCACAACAACUGAGCAACGCGAUCGGGAAUUAUUUAAGUGCCCAGCAAUCGAUAAUUUCGGCAGCGAACGUAACUUUGGCGGCAUCUGGUAGUGACAAUUCGGGAUCCGUAACAGCUAGCAACGAGGACGUCGGCAAGGACAUCAAACCGAGGUUUAAUCGUUCUUUUCCGAGGCUUUUGGGACGAGAGCCACACAACUACGACAAAUGCCCACCGACAACACACCAAACAAUGGCCUAUAACCUUGUCUCACAACCACAAAUGAAUCAGAAUAUUCUCAAUAACGCUUACCCUCCCGGCUCCUACAUACAAACUGGCGGCAUCAUCCAGAUGUCCGGAACGCCGAAUAACCAGAAUGUAUUGAAUUAUAAUAUGCAGCAAUCACAGCCUAUAAAUUCCGCUGUGAACGCUGUGAAUCUUUCAAACAAUGGAGUCCCUGGAGGUGACAAUCCAAACCUGCUGAUACAGAACCUAAAUUCUAAGCUCCUCACUCACAGUCAUUCACUUCCGGCGCAAAACCAACAAACGUUGAACCAGAAACCCCAACCACGAUCAAUAUCGAUGCCAACCGCGCAAAACUAUAACCCCAUGUUGGCACCACAGCACUCCCCACCAGGAACCAUUCUCCAGCAGCAUCAACAGGAUGCCUACAAAGGGUCGCUCCACCCUCAGACUUCCAGCUACAAGUCCUAUCACAAUCACCAACCACAGCCGUAUAAAAUACCGUCUCAAAACACUAUUUCCUAUGGGAGCACAGGACGCAGCAUGCGGCAUCCAUCACCACCCCACGGACAUCAGCAGCAGAAUGUGAACCUGAAUCAGCAACCAUCUAUAGAGCAGUCCCAGCAGCAAUUACAAGAUCUCCAACAACAGCAGUCCUCGUCUCCAUCGCAGAAGCGAUUACCACCACAUCCGACCAAAGAAAUGUUCCGCUCAAACAGCCUGCCAAUCAACGCGACAUUUCCUUUGCCACCGAAGGAAGAUAACUUUGCUAUACCUCGGUAUCAAGCGAAAGUGAGCCCUAAACUGAGAACGCGUAGCAAUUCAAUGAUCAUAAAACAGGCAGGCAAUAAUAGUAGCUCGGUACCCAUCAGUGGAGUAAAUCUGCUUCCUAGUCUUCAUGCCACUUCCAGCGAACCCGUGUUGAACAUGGGCAAUAGCGCAUUGCUGGCGCAGUUGUUAACAACGAACAGUUCGAGUACCUUAUUUAACGUUAAGCAGCAUACUACACCCACUUCGAGUGCCAUAAGUAACUUACAAGCAUCGCAGCAACAAUCUCAUCAAGCAAUUGCUCAACCACAUCAGCAACAGCAACAGCAAACCACCUAUCAGCAAUCCCCACUAAGUAACCCAAUAUCACCCGCAUCAUCUCAGCUGCAUGUCAACCAAUCCCAAUCCAGCCCUCAACAACUGCAGACUCGCAAUACCACGCCACCACAGAGUUCGGUGUUGUCAUUCGCCGCAUCUUCCUCCUACAACAGUGGUGUUUCCAUUCCAACUCAAAGCUUGUCGCCAGACUUUUUGAUUGAUAGUGACAGUCCCAUGUCACCCGUUGGUGUGUCCGGGUUAGGCGAAUCCGGCUGUUCUGGCCAAUCCACCGGCGGCGUGGGCAGUAAGUACCAUCAGCAGCAUCGAACCGAUCAUCAGCGCAGAACGGGGCAUAUCCAUGCUGAGCAGAAACGACGUUACAAUAUCAAGAACGGAUUCGAUAUGCUGCAUUCGUUGAUUCCUCAGCUACAACAGAACCCCAAUGCAAAGCUGAGUAAGGCUGCAAUGCUACAGAAGGGUGCCGAGUACAUCAAACAGCUGCGAUCCGAUCGGGCUGCCACCAACGAAAAGAUGGAAGCGCUGCGCCGAGAAAUCGAUACGCUGAAUAACUCUCUAAGCAAUCUACAAACAUCUCUCCCGGCAAGUGGCGCUCCGAUUUCACGCCAGAGGACGGGUCGCGUCAAGGAGCUCUAUCAACAAUAUGUCCGACAGCGAACAAUCGAUAACUGGAAAUUCUGGAUUUUUGGUUUGAUAUUCGAACCGCUGAUGAAUUCCUUCAAUCAAACGGUGUCCGUUGCUAGCUUGGAUGAAAUGUGUCGUUCCAGUCAACUGUGGGUAGAUCAGCAUUGCUCACUAGUGGAACUCAGACCGGCGGUAUCCAACAAAUUGCGUCAGCUGUCGACGACGACAGACAUUCUGUCCGACCCACCCACAUCGCUGCAGGAAGAGGUAUUAAAAGCCAUCUCCACAUGUGUACCAUUACCCAGCUCAGGUAAUGUUCCUACUGCCAGCGGCAGUAGUCACGGUGGCAGCAACGCCAAUAGUCCCAAUCCACCAUCCGGUGUAUUCUAGUGAGUUUGAUUAUAUUCAAUCAAAAUGCAGAAGUUUGAGAUUAUUGAGGCAGAGGGAUCACUGAGUGCCUUUGGAGACAAUAUGGUUCUCCAUUUUUUUUUUGGGACAACCGGGGAAGGAACUCACCGGCGCUUUUCAUCGUUACCUGAGAUUACACGUGACCAUUGAUUUCCACUAUCUGCCGCAGAAGCAUCUACAGGUUUUACUUACUACAUUUUUUAAAAUAUAUUAUGCUUGUGCAUAAGAGAUCGGUCAUUUACCUAACUUUUAGCAUUUGCUUUCGAUGUUCACUAUGCUACCAAUCCGUCGAAUAUCUUUGCCUGAUGCUUAUCUUUCCAUUUGGCACCUUGAUUUCACAUCAUACCUAGAAAUUAGUUUCUAAAUUUUAGUUGAAAUUGCACAUUUAAGUUAAUGACGCUCGAAAGGUAGGCUGGCAAACUAUUGAUUGCCUCAACUUACAGAUAGUUAAAGUUCUAUAUGUAAGCAGAAGAAUGCAAGGGCGAAUUUAGUAGUGUGCACAUUCGAUUAGGUAGAAGUGUAAAGAAGUGUGUUGCUGAAAUAGAUUUUAAUAUUGUUAUGUUAUGUUUUUUUUAUUUCUUGUUCAAACACUACGAUACAUAUUCAAAAUAUCAAAAUAGACUUUAGCCACAUUACACAGAAGAUUGAAUAUAUUUUUGUGGACAUUUAAA